UAUGACAUGACCUCCACAAAGCCACUCUGUUCUAACUUCUGACAGAAAUGCAGCUUGUUUGCUUUUAUAUAGACUCUUAAUUCCGGCCCAGCUGUCUCUGCCACACACAGACCCAAGUCCAAAACCUUAGUACUGACCUCAUUAACGCUUUUAAAUCAUUUUUUUAAAAUUAUGAACUAGGACAUUGGGCUUUCCCUUACGCAAAAUGGCGCCGUUCGCUUUCCGGGGUAUGCAAGCGUUGAACUAGGACGAUGUUCGCCCUGCCAGUAAGAAAGAUGGCGGCGCCUACACGGAGGACUGACUGAUGUUGAAACCUGAGAGAAAACAUGUCUCUCGUAGCCCGUGUUGCAUUUUACCCGAGCCUUCUAUACAAUGUGCUCAUGGAGAAGCUGUCUAGUCGGAAAUGGUACAACAGGAUUGAUGAGACGGUGAUUCUGGGGGCGCUGCCUUUCCGAGGAAUGAGCAUUGAAUUAAUAAAGGAGGAGAAUGUCCGUGGGGUCAUCACUAUGAAUGAGGAAUACGAGACCAGACUACUAUGUAACUCUGCAGAGCAAUGGCAAGCGAUGGGUGUAGAACAGCUCUGCCUAAGCACUGUGGACUUCCUGGGGGUCCCGAAAUUAGAGCACUUGCAGCAAGGCGUGGAGUUCAUCCACAAGCACAAGGAAAACGGAAGCAGCGUCUAUAUCCACUGCAAGGCAGGCCGGUCCCGUAGCGCUACCAUGGUUGCCGCCUAUUUAAUACAGAAACACGAAUGGAAACCGGACGAAGCUGCUGCUUUUAUAGCAGAAAUCCGGCCUCACAUCCUGAUCCGAAACAACCAGAGGCAAAUGUUAGAGCGUUUCUACCAAUUGGUCGCAAGCUCUGGAGCAACGCAAAGUGGAGGAUGAAUGAUUUCUAUUAUAUUGCCUCCUUAGUGUGAAACUAACAAGAACACUUGCCUUGCGCGGUUGCCCCAGGAAUGUCCGACAAGUGCAACCUGGUUCAUCGAACUUCCAGUCAGGACCAAUGGGCACGGAUGUGGUCUUCACUUUGUAUUUCCGUCCAUGCUAGAGUGAAUAUUUCUGCAUUAAAGGUUAAGUAAACCUUUGAUGUAAAAUUGACGAGGGAGCUCUUUCAAGCACUUUUGCAAUUUAGAGGGCUGAUCUCUUCUGGUUAGCGAAACAUUAGAAACCUCAGAUAACUCACGUCUUUCCUACCCAGGAGAAUCAGAUCAGCCCUCUUUCUUUCUCCUGACAACUUCCUUGACAAGGUCCUUAAAGGAACAGUAACAUCAAAAAAUGAA